AUGGCCCAGAGUAGCAGCUUUGAAGACGAUGAUGUCUUCUUUGCAAGCCUCUUGGAUGACGGGCUGCCCGAAGGUCCGACGGCUCCCAAGCAACCUGGUGCCAGCGAAGCUGAAGCUGGACUCGCUUCAGCCAUCGAUGAGGACGAGAUAGGCCAACCCUCCGUCUUCGAGAGUGUUGCCCUCAGUGUGCCUCCUGCAGAUCUGGAUUUUUCCGCAGAGGACCUUUCACUGAGAGCGGUCUUGAUCGGUUUUUAUAGAGCUAGAAACCCUUCAAAUCUGUCAAGCAUCAAUGCGGUGGUGCGCCGGUUCCGCAGUGGGGGCAUCGCCGACUUGUGGGCGCAGCUGGCUGUCAAAUAUGCCGUGCCUCCCGGGAAGGCGGUGGACUUACUUGCAAGAACUAUAUAUGCGUCGAGCAUCGAGCAGGAUGACGUGGAGAGCUUGUUGCAGAAGCUACGCUUGCGUGGCCGGGAACUGGAAACCGCCAUCACUGAAGGGCAUCUAAGUGCGACUCGUGCUCUGUGCUCUCGUGGCAUUCAGCCCGAGUUGCGGGCACAGUGCUGGAAGGCGCUUCUGGGAUAUUUGCCUCCCGGCGGACGCACCCACUGGGCGGCAAUUCUCCAACGCAAGCGCAAUGAAUUUGAUGAGCGAUUGGCCGAGUUCCUGGACCCGACAGGAACACUCAAAUCGGAGGACCCGCGUCAAAGCGAGAUGUUGGACACGGUGAAGGACGAAGUCGACCUUACGCUUCGCAGAUGUCAGGUUGGUGUGAAGGCUGAAUCUCUGGUUUCAAUUGUCUUCCUGUUUCUCGUUGUCGAGGGUUUAGAUUAUGUCAGAGGAAUGAGCGACAUGGCCGCCAUUAUUGUCCAUGUGUUGAGCCAAGAUCGCGAUUAUUCAGAUGCGGAUGCAUAUUGGUGUUUUGCUGCGCUUGUUGCCGAGUUGAAGACUCGAAUGACAAAUGUUGAGCGUACGUCGGCGUUUGUACAUGGCUUGGUCGGAACUCGUAGCAGUGUUCUGAGCAGGUAUGAUGCUGAGCUUUCGGGCCAUUUUGCGGCCUUAGAGUUUGAGCCCGGCGUUGUCGUUCUGAGAUGGUUCAUGCUGCUGUUCGCUGAAGCUUCGCCGGAGUCCUUGGGUGACGUCGUGAUGUGGUGGGACGCCUUCCUAGCAGACCCGAACCGCUUCGAGCUUCCAGGCUACGCUUGUGUGGCCUUGUUGCUGGAGCAUCGCGAGGACUUGCUCGAGGCGGAAAACGUCCUGGACCUGGCAGAAAAGCUGCAAAUCUUACCCCUUCAAGAGGGCUUCAGCUCAGUGAUUCGCAAGGCUUGGGCCGUUUGCCUGUUUGAGAGGCGCACCGCUCCGCCGCAGUUCCCUCCUCCCUCAACUGCAGAGGUGGUGAGGGACAUGGCCGGGUCUUUCUUUUCUGGGAUCUUCACCAACUUCUGA